AUGUUCGCACCAAAAGGCCUGCGAGGUCUCCUGAGACCGACGCGCACCAGCAUGCGCCAAACCACCCCCUCGCAAGACGGAAUCGCCUCCCUCGCGCGCGCCACGGCCGCGCUCUCGAUCACCCCGCCACCGACGACAGCACCCAGCACGCCCCGGGCCUUCAGCACCACGCGGCCGGCCCUCGCGCGCGUCCCGCCGAAGCAGCAGCAGCAGUCCAAGAAGGGCGGCGCCAAGGGCCCGCCGCUGGACGCGGCCGCGCGCAAGAAGCGGCGCGCGCAGAUGGCGGCCAAGCUGGACCCCAAGGUGGCGGACCUGAUGAAGUUCAUCUACGCGGGCUCGCAGCUGCCGCCGCCGCUGCGCAUGGCGCGCAACCGCUGGCUCCGCCACUGGACCAUCCACCGCGCGUGGCAGCUGUUCCGGCGGAGGGAGGAGGAGGCCCGCGAGAGGGAGCUGAUGCGCAUGCAGCAGAGCAUGGAGCACGCCUGCGAGGUGCUGCGGACCAUGGGCGGGCCGGGGACGCGGCCCGAGGGCUGGCUGUACCGCAAGGCGAUGGAGAAGUUCGGCGUCUGGGGCAAGGGCGCCGUCCCCAUCGAGUACGCCCGGCCGCUGGUGGAGACCCCCGCGGAGAAGGCGUGGAACCAUGAGUGGAAGAGGCAGUAA